AUGAUUCCUUUUUCGAUCGAUAGGGUUUACGCCCAAGUUGGCGUUGUACUAUUUUUCGUCCGAUAGAAUUCGAUUGUCGUUGUAAAACAAAGCUUAUGUUUAUUUUUAAUGCAUAACUUGAUACUAUCUAAAAUGAUUUUUUUUUAUACCUUGUGCUAAUUUAGAAUCACUAUUUACUUGUAUUACACCAAAACUUUCAAGAACUUUUCUUGUUAAUCUGUAAUGUGGAUUGGAAAAAAGAAAUGAUGAGUACUUAGACGGGCAUGCGCCGCCAUCGGACGCGGCACAGAGAUCUACUCGAGCUCGCUGCAAACGUCGGAAGUUCUGCCACAUGAAAUAACGUCGAAGUCGUAUUUCGCUACUGAAGUCAACUACUUUAUUUCCCUUUAAAAACUUAAACAUUCAACUAGGAUUUACCUUCAUGACACGGUUAUUAAAUUUCUGAUUGCGAUAAAUUUACCCUUAUAAAAUUGGUGUUGUUGAAAGACUUUUAAAAACUUUAUUACUACGGAUUUCGUGUAUUCGAAAAUAAGUUAAACUCUCAAAAUUCAUAAGUUAUAUUAUCAAUUAUUGUGAUUAUUAGAGCAACUAUUAUUUUAGAUGUUUUAGACGUGUCGUAACAAUACGUAUUAUCGUAGUAAUUUAUUAAGUUUUUAUUUCGUAUCUAUAAAGUUCGUAUAAAGUGAAACUAAAUGGAUUGCAGUUACAAAAUAUUCCGGUAAAACGAAGAAGAUCGCUCAGAUAGUAAAGAUGUGACUAUAACCUUUUGAAGGAUGCUUCACGCUAGCGAACCUACGAUUGAAAAUGAAGUCCAAAAUCCAUAUUCCUGCACAUCAGCACAUUGUAUUCAGAAUGACUCGCAAAUAUCCAACGAAUCAUUCUAUUAUAAUUACACUUGGCCUCAAGAAAUGGCUUGCGUAUUUGAAACGACAUCUGAGGACUUUCUCACGUCAUCACUGUUUCAAACAUGUGUAUAUUUUAUGUACAGCGCUGUAUUUCUUGUGGCUCUUUUGGGCAAUGGAUUAGUAUGUUUCGUAGUACAUACAACGCCACGAAUGAAGACUGUAACUAACUUCUUUAUAGUGAACUUGGCAGUAGGUGAUAUACUAAUGACGUUAUUCUGUAUUCCGUUUUCUUUUGUGUCUAUGCUAGUGUUGAGAUAUUGGCCUUUUGGUGCAGUGAUGUGUAAAGUGGUGAACUAUUCACAGGCAGUGUCAGUAUUUGUGAGUGCUUAUACUUUACUUGCAAUCUCGAUUGAUCGAUAUAUGGCCAUUAUGAGACCGUUAAAACCUCGGUUAGGGAAGGCAGCUGCCAAAAUGGUUGUGGCUGUAGUAUGGGUUGGCGCUUUAGCUACAGCUGCGCCUAUACCUAUAGUUUCUCAGUUACAACGACCUUCACCUUGGCAUGAGGCUUGUGAAUUAGAUAUAUGUGGCGAACAUUGGGCCAAUGCAGAACAAAGUGAGCAAUAUACAUGCGCGCUGCUUGCGCUUCAGUUCGCGCUGCCGCUAAGCGCUCUCGUGUGCACGUACGCGCGCAUAGCGCACGUCGUGUGGGGCGGCCGUCCACCUGGAGAGGCGCAGACUGUACGCGACUCGCGCAUGCAAAGUUCUAAACGAAAGAUGAUUAAAAUGAUGGUGACGGUAGUUGCAGUAUUUACAAUCUGUUGGCUACCAUUAAAUGUUUUUAUAGUGCUUUGGACAGUACACGAGAGUGAUGAUGAAUGGACGGCGUGGCCUGGCAUGCCGUACGUGUGGUUCGCGAGCCACUGGCUGGCGAUGUCGCACUCGUGCUACAACCCCAUCAUAUACUGUUACAUGAACGCGCGCUAUCGACGUGGGUUUAAACAGGUUCUUGGUGGAUGGCUGUGCUUAAAACUCAAUGACUCAGGUCGAUCAUAUCAGCGAUCAAGUGUUUGCGAAGGUGUGCCUCUGUCUGAAAUGAUGGGCGUGAAUGGAAAUACAACAAUAACACGACGAACCGUGGUCGGAUGCAAGUGCCGGCUUGUUCGAAAUGCAAACGGAAUCAACAGCACCUCCACUAAGUGUCCAAACUGCGCUUCACUACGGCAAGUAAAGUUGCUUUCGCCCUCAAGUGUCACUGCGCCAUCAGCACCAGCCCGGGCCCUCUCUGUACGCUCACAUUUCUCCUAAUUAUCCAGACUGUUUAUAUUGUAAUGUGUGACUUUCGGAAUUAUACAGGGCAAACGGAUGUGGACAAAUACGUGUGACAUCAUUGCAUAGUAAGACAAAUGAGCGGUAAGCUGUGAUAAGCACAUUAAAAAUAUAAUCAGUGUUUUAUAUAUUCCAUGGCGCGUACCCGGAGCGUCGCAUAAAUUUCCGUAAAAAAUAAUGUGUUAUUAUUAUGUACUCCGAUCAUGAGUACGAAUAUAUUCCCUCUCGUGUAACAGAAUCGAAGCCUCAUUGCGCUCAGGCAAAAUAAUGUAUUAUUGUUCUACGUGACUUGGUAAAUUAUAUGUUAAUGAAAUAUACUUACGGUUAAUUUCAUAUCUUAUAUUAAUUUCUAAACUGUUCUUGUUUUAAUCGAUAUCAUAAUUUAUUGAAAGUUAUGAUAUCGAAUAUAAGAAUAGAAAAUAUUAUUUUAAUACUAGUUCUUAAGAUUGUUUUAUGUAAAUCUGUGGCACAUGUAUUAACAGUCAUUUUAUUUAUUUCUAUGACCAAGUCUAAUCAAAAAGCUAAAUCGAUGCAGUCAAGAGAGAGGUAAUAUAGUAAAUAAAGAAAAUUAUAAACAUCCGUUUACGAGAGCGUUCUGUAAAUGAAAGUAAUCAUUUUUCCUAAAGGAACACGAGUCGAAGUCUAAAAAAUAUUAUUUCCUUCCGGAUUAAUUUGACAACUCAACGGGCCACUUACUAUGGCUCUCUCAUUUUUUUAUUGUUUUCGAUUAUGUAUUUCUUCUGAAAAAUGUUUAAUUUUACUAAUAGCAUACUCUGUUAAAAUAUUAAUAAUGAUGUCAAUUUUAUGGUUUAUUAAAGAUGGAAAUUAACUCGAUCAUUUAGGUAAACUGUAAUAAUUUAUUUGGGUUGUCUCAACGUUUCGAUCACCGACAUGUAUGCAUAAUAUAAAGAAAUGAAAAUCAACAAAACUACCUAUAUAACCAAUGAUCAUCACAUAUAGCAGUAAAUACUACAUUAUCGGAAUAUGGUGUAAUUAAAAGACAGCUCGUUAACUUAUAAGGGUUAAAGCUACUUACAUCUUUACGCUAGUAAAUCCAUUUUUUUUCUUAUUUUACAUAACGAACUAACUUGACAGAUAUGUUUAUACUAUGUUUAUACUCUUUCCUAUGACAGUUUUGUCAAAGGAAAGAGUAACAAAUUUAAACAUUUUUAAAUUUGUUACUCUUUCCGGACAAAUUUUUUAGUUUUUUUUUUAAUAAUAUUUAUUAGAUUUCAACGAAUAUUUGACAUAGCCGAAUUGCUACAGCCGUUCAAGAGUUUUUUAUUUAUCGAUUAACACAAAAAAAUAUAUGCCAAAAGUGCCAAUUCUUAUUAUAAUAAACUCAUUUUAUUUAGCGUGGAUGGAAGCCUUCAGUUACUCUACAUAUGUUAUAAAUAAAAAAAUAUACAAAGAUAUUUGCAUGUUUGUUACUUCAUUUAUGUUAAAGCGACAGAAUGUAUUUGAUGAAAUUUGGUACUCAUAUAAAUGAAUCAUAUUCCUAUAUUAACACGUAGAAUAGAGGACUUCUUUAUUAUAAUUCACGAGGGCAACGUUCGGGUUACACCUUUUUCUUUGUCGCGUUUUCAGAAUCGUGAUCACAUGAGGUCGUUACUUUUUGUACCACUUUCUUCAAGCCAUGUGAUUUAUGGCUAUACGAAGACAUUUUUAAUAUAACUUGAAAUGUUGAAUAAGCUGACAGUCUACCUGAUGAAAAAUGCUAGCUGCCUGUAUACUAGAAAAGCACUGUAGGAUUUAUAGGAUAUUCUGUGACUCCCUUUCACUCGUGAGAAUACGAUGAGACAUAUAUAUUAGCCGAAGUGAAUUAGAAUAUUUUUCUGUAUUUUAUUAUUUAUAUGGCUUCACUAUUUUGUAAUAUUUUCACAAUUAAGUUUGUCUCUUUGUAUUUAUUGUGUUGACUAACUAUAUAUAAUUACGAGUAAAAAGUUAUUUAACUAUUUCUAUACCUACACUUGCUCGUUGGUGACGAAAUGUUAAAUGUAACUGCCGUUGAUUUUUGGUGUGAUUUUAUUAUAUGGCAAGAGUUCAGUUAGCAGCUAAUAGAUCAGAUAACUGCUUAAAUGGACUGAUCCAUUACCAAAUUACUAGAUGAUUAGCUUGCAUCCAAAUGCAAAAGACCAAUCUUUUGUGUGUUUAUUAUGCUCACGGUCAUCUUUUCUAAUCACGCAGGCACUUACCAUGAAAAUUAAUCCGAAAUGUAAAAGAAUAAAUGAAUAAAUUGGACCAUUUAUAUACCAUAUUGUAUAUAAACUUUUCAACACUCAGUUUUCGAACCCGGUUUUAAUAUAAACGUAUUGCAUCUUACGCACGUGUUACAAUAGAGCCCCAGCUAUCAUUAGACUGCCCUAUUCUGUGGUUUGUUUAAAAUCAAAUUGUUAAAUGGGUUGACAAAUCGUGCAUUAGGAAUAUGUUACAAUUGGUUAUAUUUGAUAGCACAACCUUUUAGCCUUGGUCCUAGAAAUAUCCUUUUUAAAUACACUCAGCACAAAAAGUCAAUGAACACAUGUAGAUUUCUAAAUCUGCUAAAUUUCGCUACAUACACAAGACUGCCAAAAUUUAAAUUACAGUCCAAUGUAUAUAGUAAAAAGUUAAAAUUAGCUAAAUAUAUACAACGAAUUAUAUACAGUACUGUGUAUAAGGAUUCUAAUUUUUUUUUAUGUGUCCAUCGACUCAACGAUAUAAUCAAAACUUGGAAAGAUAAAAACUUAUAUACGAGUUGCUUAAUAUAUUUUAUCAUUUAUGUAAAAAUGUCAUAAGAAAUAUAUAAUAUUAUGUUAUUUAAUAGUGAAAUAUCAUUUAUACAAAAUUUUAAAAGUAAAAAAAAAAGUAUUCCUAUAAGACUAUUUCAUAUCAGAAGAAAUAUAGGAAUAUGCUGUUAAAUGCAUGCUGUACAUUUAUACAUGUAGUUCAAUAGUAUUUGUAAAAAUAAAAAUUUGUAACAAUGUUCAAUGUUACUUUAGUAGUCUUGGGUCAAGUACUGAGAUGCAUCUUCUAUUAACAUGAUUAUUUUAUUAAGAACUUAACAUUAUUUCAAAAUCGUAAAGUAAUACUUCUGUACUUUAUAUAUUAUUUAUUAGAAUAAAUACAGAAUUUAUUUUCAGUGAAAUAUUGGCUUGUACCCAAUGACAAGCGGAAUUUCGACUUUAUUGUGCGGGAUUAAAAUGGGAAAUAUGAAGAUUGAUCGACUUCCGAUCUAUAUACGUGAAUGUUAUUAUCCCGAGAUAUUAUUGUGUAAAAUACAUGUUGUUAGAUAUCAAAAUGUUAAAUAAAUUACUGUUAAUAUUACAGAAUCACAGGAUGCUUUUCUGGGCCCUAAUUUUGCUAUUGUUAUUACAAUAUCAUCAUCAUCAUCAUUUAUCGUCGUUCAACUGAAUAUUUAUGUUAGUGUUUAAGAUCUACAAAGUGACAGUUCAUUUUGGUAACUAAAUUCUAUAAACGUGAAAAUGCUUUCAAUGCCUUCAUGCUUUCAAGUAUUUAUGUAGUUUUAUGGGUUGAAGUUGAAUUCACUUUAAGUGCACUAAAUAUAUUAGAAAGCGUCAGUGUUAUAUCGAAAAUUAUUUAUAUUCAAUUAUUUUUGAAGCAGAUAGGUUUACUAACCUAAUCUAGUUAUAGUAUUCAGUUAUAGUUUUUUUUUGGAAUACUUGUAAAGUAUAUAUCUAUGAAUGUUUUGUUUUCUUAUAGUAUUAUUGUUAAUAUUAAAAGUACAAUGAAAUAACUUGUAAUUAACCACAAUUAGGGCCCUAGAGAUUUGCAUGUUUAUGUUUAGAAUUUCAUGCCAGUAAGUAUGUACUUAUUAAA